AGUGUGUCAUCUCGGCGAUGACUGUCAGUCAGUGAUCAGGAACUGAAGUUGUUGGAAUUAAUUUCUAUUGUCCAGUGUUUCUCACUUUAUUUUACGAGAAGAAAGUAGUGAAAAUACUUGCGCAGGACUGCAAAGUCUCGAACGCCAUGAAUUUGCUGAGUGUUGCCCUUUGUGGCUUCCUAAUUAUCGGUGCUGCGCUCGCCUCGCCCAUCAUCGAGACCAGGGAGAAAGGCUUGGACCGCAGAUGCUCGACAGGACCCCAGUUUUGGUGCAGAAACAUCGCAUCCGCCAAGACAUGCAACGCCGUGACUCACUGCAUUCAGACGGUGUGGGAGAAGCAGAAUGUGCCUGAGGAUCACGAUUCCAUCUGCAAGAUCUGCCUGGACAUGGUGCAGCAGGCGCGCGAUCAGCUGGAGAGCAAUCAGACGCAGUCGGAUUUGCGCGACGUGUUCGAGGGCUCGUGCAAGCUGAUCCCCAUCAAGCUGGUGCGCAAGGAGUGCAUCAAGAUGGCAGAUGACUUCGUGCCCGAGCUGAUCGAGGCCCUGGCGUCGCAGAUGAAUCCGCAGAUGGUGUGCUCAGUGGCGGGCUUGUGCAACAACGCGAACGUCGACAAGCUGUUGGAGAUGGAACAAUCGUCGUCGUCAUCGUCAGAGGUGGAAGAGCUCGUGCCGCGCGUUGAGACCGAAGAUGUGGAUGACUUCACGUGCGAUCGUUGCAACAAGAUAGCAGGUGAAAUUGCACGCAAAUUCGCCAAUGCCGACCGCGACACAGUUCUGGAGAAUAUGCUGCUCUACUGUGGAAAGAUGUCGUCCUUCUCGGACGCCUGCUCGAGCAUUGUGCUGACGUACUUCAAUGAGAUCUACGAUCACAUGGUGGAGAACUUCAAUGAGAAGAGCAUUUGCCACAUCAGUGGCGUUUGCGCUCACAAAUUCCACGUGCAUUCGGAGAUUGUUGAGAUUCGGCCGAUGGGCAAUGUGGGUGUGAUGCCAGUGAAGGAUGACAUUCCCUGUGAGCUCUGCGAGCAGCUGGUCCGGCAUCUCAGGGACGUGCUGAUCGCCAACACGACCGAGUCGGAGUUCAAGAUGGUUCUGGAGGGAUUCUGCAAGCAAACGGGAAGCUUCAAGCCCGAAUGCCUGAGCAUUGUGGAUCAGUACUACGACAAAAUCUACAGUUCGCUGGUGAAUGAACUGGACGAGAAGGGUGCUUGCUUCCUCAUUGGCAUUUGUCCGAAAGGUGUUGCUGGAAUUAGCGAACAUGCCCAGAUCAUGCCACUUCUGCCCGCUCUGCAAGCCCAGGAGAUUCAAGUGACUCUCAAGAAGAUUACGCCGAAACCGCCUAAGAGAUUGCUCGGUGAGGGCGAGAAGCAAUACACAAAUGAGGAGAUCAUGAACAUGCAACUGCCUAUCGAUCGUAUUAUGGGUCCGCAGAAUCCUUUCUACCUCAUCGACAAUGGGAAAUACUGCCUGCUGUGCGAAUAUGUGAUGCACUUCCUCCAAGAUGCCCUCGCUUCUCCGGACAAUGAGGACAAAAUCAAGUCGGAAGUGAAGAAGGUGUGCGACAGAAUUCCCUCCACAUUUGGAGCUGAGUGUCAGAAUUUCAUUGACGUGUAUGGAGACGCAAUUGUGGCUAUUUUGGUGCAGGACUGUGACCCGAGCAUUGUUUGCCCACGCCUUCACUUCUGUCCCAGUCGUCGUGAAUCUGAUGUAGAGAUCUUCGCGCCGGACAAUCUGGAGAUCACUGUGGAUAUCUCCAAUACUGGCGCUGAUAAGCCAAUGUGCCCGCUCUGUCUGUUGGCCGUGAAGGACGUGCAGGAAACUAUCCAGAGUGACAAAUCCAAAGCCAACAUCAUCAAGUGCCUUAACAAUCUCUGCACACAUUUGCCGCGCAAGCUCAUGGGCGAGUGCAACGACUUUGUGGAGACGUACUCUUCAGAGCUUGUGGAUAUGCUCAUCAAUGACUUCUCACCUGAGGAGAUCUGCGUAAAUCUGAGAUUGUGCCAAGACAAUACGCCGAAGAUAAGGAAGGAGAACAAUGACAUAUUCACGAAUGAAAUUCCCGAUGACACCGUCAAUGGACAGUUCGUCACGAAUGAUUUCACGCCUCGACGUUACGAAACCACACCCGAGUGCCUUCUGUGCGAGCGAGUUAUCAACGAAGUGGAGAAGAAGGUGGUGAACAAGAAGUCGAAGGAGCAGAUUAAGCAUGCUCUCGAGCACGCAUGCGACAAGGUGAAGAAGUACCGUGAGAAGUGUCUGGAUUAUGUUGAGAAGCACGGCGAUCAGAUUGCGGAUAUGAUCAUGAAAGAUUUGGCGCCGAAAGAGAUUUGCCGCAUUCUGGGCUACUGCUUGCCGUUCAACGAUGAACUGGAUGUCAGCGAACCAGAUUUGGAAAUCGAUGAAGCUCUCUCUAUCACGGUGAUCGCAAAGCCUGCAAAUCCCGAGAAGAUCAUCGAGGCUCCAAGUCAACGCGACAAUCAGUGCACUCUCUGUCAGUUUAUCAUCCAGCAACUGGAGAAGGACUUGAUGAACAACAAAACUGAGGAAGAAGUGAAAGAGGCCAUUGAAAAUGUGUGCAGGAAAUUGCCGGCGAAAUUGGCGCAACCUUGCAAUCAAUUUAUCGAGCGCUACACAGAAAUAAUCCUCUCGAUUUUGGCAACGGCGCCCCCAAGUGAAGUGUGUAAGAAACUCGGCCUCUGUCCGGGAUUCGAAGUCGAAGUCGAGGUGCCGCCGCAGUUUAUCGAGAGCAAGAAGGAGGUGAUUGAGUGUGCCAUUUGCCAAAGCGCCGUAAUCGAAUUGGACAAAUUGCUGCGCGAUCCGCAAAUUGAGAAGGAUGUCGAGAAGCUUGGCCUCAAGAUCUGCGGCGUCAUGCCGUCGAAGUACUAUGCAAAAUGCAAGGAAAUGGUGGAGAUUUAUGGGCAGAGCAUGAUCAACUUGAUCGUGGCGAAGAGCGAUCCUGAGAAGGUGUGCGAGAAGAUUGCCAUGUGCUUCGCCGGAGAGCAUCCAGGGUACAUUCAGCUGAUAGACGGUGAAGUGACGCCCAGGACGGCUGAGGUGAAGCACAAAGAUCGUCUCGUGGGCGCGAAUGAGUGCACUUGGGGCCCGUCCCACUGGUGUGCCAACGAGGAGAACGCCAAGAAGUGCAACAUGAUGGCUCAUUGUGCCGAGAAGUACUGGAAGGACGGCAAAGCGGGUGCGUAAAACAGAGGUGAAGGAUAGUUCAGCAUAUUCAAAGCAUUGUUUACCCCCUUCUUAAAAUCUUCAUAGUGUUUGAUAUAAGAGAUUGACGAAGAAACCUAAUAAUUCUUACCAAAAAAAAGAUCAAAUAAAUAUAAAUACUUUAGCACAGUCCCUAAUAAUGGUAGUAAGAGGUUUUACGAUUUCUGAGGAAGUGUAAUAAGAAUUUUUGUGUACAUUAGAGUUUGAGAGAAGAGGAGAAGAAGUUUGCGUGGAAGAGGAGAUGUUUAUACUAUUUGCCUGAAAGAAGAAGAUUCAGCUGUAUUUUUAUCGCUCUAAAUAUCGAUGACUGUGACGCUGUAAAUUCAUGAUGAGUGUGAAGGAACAAAUCGAGAGAUUGAAAUAAAACUAUUUGGAUUUUU